GAAGGAUCUUUUUCUGGAGAUCAUUGUUCAUGGAGAAUAUUGUGAGCCUACGGCAUUGAGCUUCCAUAUGGCUGGGAGAAAAUUGAUGAUCCCAUUUAUGGCACUUAUUAUGUUGACCACAUAAAUAGAAGAACACAAUUUGAAAACCCUGUGCUAGAAGCAAAAAGGAAACUACAGCAGCAUAACAUGCCCAACGCAGAACUUGGAACAAAGCCUAUGCAGGCCCAAGGUUUCCGAGAAAAACCACUCUUCACCCGUGAUGCAUCACAGCUAAAGGGGACUUUCCUCAGCACCACUCUUAAGAAAAGCAACAUGGGUUUUGGAUUUACCAUCAUUGGUGGGGAUGAGCCAGAUGAGUUUCUUCAGGUGAAGAGUGUAAUUCCUGAUGGGCCUGCAGCACAAGAUGGGAAAAUGGAAACAGGUGAUGUGAUUGUCUAUAUUAAUGAAGUUUGUGUCCUUGGACAUACUCACGCAGAUGUAGUCAAACUCUUCCAGUCUGUUCCUAUUGGUCAGAGUGUCAACUUGGUGCUAUGUCGUGGAUACCCUUUGCCCUUUGAUCCUGAAGAUCCUGCCAACAGCAUGGUGCCACCCCUUGCAGUAAUGGAGAGGCCUCCGGUAGUGGUAAAUGGAAGACAUAACUAUGAAACUUAUUUGGAAUACAUUUCUAGGACUUCUCAGUCUGUUCCAGACGUAACAGAUCGACCACCACACUCCUUGCACUCCAUUCCAGCAGAUAGUCAGCUUGAUAGCACAUUCCCACCACCUGCCCAUGAUGAUAAUGUAUCAAUGGCUUCUUCUGGGGCCACCCAAGCUGAACUUAUGACCUUAACCAUUGUGAAAGGGGCCCAGGGCUUUGGCUUCACUAUAGCAGACAGUCCUACAGGACAGAGGGUGAAGCAAAUUCUAGACAUUCAGGGAUGUCCUGGUUUGUGUGAAGGUGACCUCAUUGUUGAGAUCAACCAGCAGAAUGUACAGAACCUGAGCCAUGCAGAAGUAGUGGAUAUACUUAAGGAAUGUCCUGUUGGAAGUGAAACUUCUUUGAUUAUCCAUAGAGGAGGUUUCUUUUCUCCAUGGAAAACUCCAAAGCCUGUGAUGGAACGAUGGGAGAAUCAAGGCAGCCCUCAGACAAGCCUAUCUGCUCCAGCUCUGCCACAGAAUAUUCCCUACCCACCCGCUCUUCACAGGAGUUCAUUUCCCGAUUCAACAGAGGCCUUUGAUCCACGGAAACCUGACCCAUAUGAGCUGUAUGAGAAAUCAAGAGCUAUUUAUGAAAGUAGGCGUAAGUGAAAAUCCAGUUCAUCC